AUGCAAUCUAAAAAACCAAUGGAACUCUUUUGCUGCCCAUGUCCUGGACAAUGGUCAACCCUUCUCAUGAUGGAACACUUGGGAUUAGACUGUAUCCAACAUGAUGUUGACAUUAAGAAAGGUGAACAAUUCAAACCUGAAUUUAAAAAAUUAAAUCCAUUCUGUAUGGUACCAACAUUACUUGACCAUGAAACAGGUAGUGAAAGACCAUUGAAUGUAUUUGACAGUGGAGCCAUUUUAGUGUACCUCGCCAGAAAGUAUGACAAGUUUUGUCCAAACAUGAACUCCAAGAAUCCAAGAGAUUUCUGUGACUACAUUUCUUGGUUCAUGAGCCAUCAAUCGGGAUUGGCCACUCACAUGGGAUCGUACAUCUACUAUCGUUGGUACCGUGACCAAGUGUUGACAACCAGAGGUGAAAAGUGUGAAAAGCUUCCCAAGGAGUUUUUGCAAGAACACUGCUGCAACAUCGAACGUUACUUGGACGUCUUUGAAGAGCACCUCUGUGACAAGCAGUUUGCCGUCAAUGACGAACUCACCAUCGUCGACAUGGCAUUGUACUCUUGGUUUGUCUACCUUCCACUCGGUUUUGUUCCAGACCUCAACAACAAGAAAUACAACAACAUCAAGAGAUACACCAACGAUCUCGCUUGUCUUCCAAUGUUUAAAAAGGUACAACCAGUAUUGGACAAGCAUUUGAAACUUCCAGGUGGAGGUUCAGAAGAAGAAGUAUCAAUCAUUCUUCACCAUGGUGAAAGUGGAGGUGGAACGUUGAAAAUAGAACCGUCAGUUAGAAAUAUAGAUAGUAGUAGCCAGCAUCAUCAGACAUUAUUAACAGCAGCAGAAGCAACUCUUGAUAUAAUGCCACCAUAA